UCCUGGGCAGCGGAAGCGUCCCAGGCUGUUUUUGCUCGUGGCUGGUGCCUUAGAACAAAAUCCUCGGCAGCAGUUAAAAAUAAUCGGAUGUGUUUGGGGGAGGGAAACUACGCGUCACUCACGAUCAAAGUGGAGGUUCCGACCCUAAACCCGCCCUGUCACGUUGAAUAAAUAAAUAAAUUAUGUUAAGCAGGCGUAUGGCUGGAAAUAGCAUUGAUAAACCAAGGCAGCCAGCGGCUGUGUUAUGUUCCCGUUAAGACUGGGGAUGGUCCGAGCGCUCAGCAGACCCUAACAUAUCCGCGGAUACUCUAACUACGGCCAGCGUGUCUGCUCCAGAGGGUUGGGAACCAAAGCAGAGGACUUAAACCUUCACGUUCUUACUUCUUUUUCCAGUGAGAGUCCAAGUGAACAUUGCGACCGACGCGGAAAUCCAGAUAGAUUUUCUAUUUUAAAACAACAACUAAAAACUCGUUCUCUCUCUGGAAAUAACUGGACGGCCAAUUCUCUUGGCGCAGCUUCCAUGUGCCCGGGAUUGUUACAGCGGGUCUGGGCUCGAUAAGGGUUGAGUGAAGUUGAACGAGUAUGGAAGGGUUUCCGAAGAGGACAGGAGAGACAGUGCGACCGGCUUUCCGAAGGACCUGUAAUGCAUCUCAGAUCUCCAAACGCUUGCGACACUGUCCAGACCUCCCUCGAGUCUUUUGCUGUCUCUUGUCAGUUGUAUCUCUGGGGGUGUGCAUUCUAGUACAUUACAGGACCUCGGAGCUCCAGACCCGCGUCUCGCAUUUGGAGGAAGAGAGGCAGGUUUACUCGGCUUGGUUCUCAAUGGACCAAAUGGAACCGGCUAUUUUUAACAGAGUGGAUCAACUACUGACAGAGAAACUGAAGGCUCAUUUGCCCAAGGUGAGAGCGGCCCGCGGGGUCCCUAGCGGCUGCACAUGUCCUCCAGGGCCACCAGGAGAAAAAGGAAGACAUGGUCGCAGAGGUACUCCAGGGUCUGCUGUAAGUACACAAAACGCUAGUAGUGCCCAAGAGAACAGGUUGGGUAAAAAGAAAUAAGUGUCUGUCUCUUAUCUUCUCUAUGGUGAACUAGACCUUAGAUAUUAACCUAUUUCUGCUAAAUCUUUGCAGUGUUGUCAUAACUGUUUCCUUAGUCCUUGCAGGAUUUACAUUGGUAGUUAUUCUUUCAAACCAUUGAAUAGAUCUCUAGCUUUUGAACCAAUGCACUUUUAAAUUUCAUACCUUAUAAAAGUUAAAAUGAAUCAAGUCAGCUUUGUCUCUCUGGCUUGUUGUGCUGUGUAAAUAAUAUGUUCAUUUCUCUCCCUUUUCUACUGAUUUUUGUCCUUUUCAGGGAUCUCCAGGAAGAUCAGGUUUUCCGGGCCCUAUAGGGUUGGAUGGUAAAUCUGGAAAAGCUGGAUCUAAAGGUGACAUGGGCUCACCUGGUCCAAAAGGUGAAAAGGGAUACAUUGGUCUUAAAGGAGAAAAGGGUCUACAUGGUCCAAAAGGAGACAAGGGUCAACGUGGAGAUUCAGCAUUGACUGAGUUCCCUGGGACUUCACUAGCAGCACUGCGGCUAAAUCAGAUCCUGACUGUGAAGUUUACAACACCUCGACUGAAUAUACUACCACCUGCUGACCAGAUCAUCAGACGUCUCUAUCUCAAGGGUGAACAAGGACAAGCAAACUGCUCCCCAGGACCACCUGGACCUCCGGGCCCAAAAGGACCUCCAGGGGAUUCAGGAAAAUCAGGGGCUGACGGUUUACCGGGAAAAUCUGGAGACAGUGGACAACCUGGAAGAGACGGAAUUAAGGGGCAACCAGGAUUGCAAGGAAAACCAGGGAUACCCGGGCUCCCAGGAAGAAAGGGUGAGGUUGGUGAAUUAGGGCUUCCUGGUCCAGCCGGAUUACCGGGAUCCGUAGGCCGAAAGGGAGACCAGGGAGAUGUCGGACAAAAGGGAGAUCCUGGCGAAAUGGGCCGGGCAGGCGAUAGAGGAGCAAAGGGUGAAAGUGGCAUACCUGGGAUUGAAGGUGCCCCAGGGCAGAAAGGGGAAGGAGGAGAGCCAGGAUCUGCUGCUGGUGGAAUUAAGGGUGAUUCAGGCCUGCCUGGACCUGUAGGCCCUCCAGGUCAGAAGGGUGAAUUGGGUGAACGAGGAGUUCAGGGCCUUCCAGGUAUGAAAGGCGAAGCAGGAAAAACUGAGAUAAUUGACUAUAAUGGUAACAUCAAUGAAGCACUCCAGGGACCUCCAGGAGUUCCAGGAAUGCCAGGUCUACCAGGCCAGAAGGGUGAAAUAGGCCUACCGGGGGUACCUGGACUUGAUGGAGAAAAGGGCCCCCGCGGGAAGCCAGGAGACUUUGGACCCUCAGGUCCGCAAGGGCCACUGGGACCCGAAGGAACCAAGGGCGAGGCAGGAAUUAUGGGAUUCCCUGGUCCCAAAGGAGCCAAAGGAGAUACCGGAAUGGUCGGAUCACCUGGUUUAGAUGGGCCCACAGGUGAAAAAGGAGAAAGGGGAGAGCCAGGAUUACAAGGCCCUCCUGGAUUGCCAGGCCCUGUUGGACUUCCAGGCUCAACUGUUAUUGGGCCGCCAGGAAUACCUGGGCCUGAGGGCCCCCCAGGUCCAAAGGGUCCUCAUGGCUUUUCAGGGACAAAGGGCGAGCCUGGGUCAGAAGGCUUCAAAGGUGAUAGAGGUGAUCGAGGUCCCCUGGGACUGCCUGGUGCUUCUGGCUUAGAUGGACAGCCUGGACCACUGGGUGUACCAGGGCCAGCAGGACCAAAAGGAGAAAGGGGCGAUAAGGGAGACAUGGGAAUUUCAGGACCAACGGGACCACGGGGAUUACCUGGUUCACUAGGACCAACGGGUGAAAAGGGAGGCCGGGGGGAGAAGGGAAAGAGAGGUGCUAAAGGGCCUAAAGGGGAUAAGGGAGACCAAGGAGUGCCUGGAUUAGAUGCACCUUGUCCAUUGGGUGAAGAUGGUUUACCUGUACAGGGCUGUUGGAAUAAAUGAUGAUGGUCUAACCUCAGAAUGGAGUGUGUACAUAGAAUAUUUAUUUUUAUACAGUUUUUUGCAAUUAUAAAUGUUACCUUUUUUAAAACUAAUUCAUAUUUUAAUAACACACUUUGUAUAAAUUGUAUUAAAUCCUGUGUUGUCUACCAUUGUCUUUGUACCUGUGUAUUCAUCUGCUAAUUUUGAGACAUAAUACUGCAGUUAUUAUUUGCAUGAUAUUCGUGCAUAAUAUAAGGAGCCACAGCUGCAUUGUAAUUUAUUGUAUUAUAUGAAGUGGGCUGCCCUUAACUGCAGACCUGGUUAUUUGAAGCCAUUGCCCCAAGCCACCAAUUGCAAACUGUAUGUAUUCCUGCCAGGGAUUUAUUUGUGUCUAAAAACAAAGUACUGGAGGAACUCCGCAGGUCAGGCAGCAUCUUUCGAGGGAAUCUGCAGACCAGAAUCUUUCUUCAGAGUCCUUCAUGCUGAAGAAAGAUCCUAACCUGAAACGUUGUCUGUCUAAUUACUUCCACAGAUUCUGUCUCACACUCCGAGUUCCUCCGGCAUUUUGUUUAUUGUUCGAUUCCAGCAUCUGCAGUUUCUUGUGCCUCCAUUUAUUUGUGUUUUUUCUGCUGAUAUAUCACAAUGUGUGUUAACCCCAAUAUAAGCUAAACAAUUCAAUUCAAUUACUUCAGCAGAGGCAGCUGAUAAUAAAAAUUGAGAAGGGAGGGAUGCGUUCCUUUUUUUAUUUUUGUAGGUGAAUCUGUAUCAAAUAAUUAUAUGUCCUAACCAGGGCAAACAAUAUUAAGGAAUGCUAAACUGUUGUCUAAGCAUUUCAAGCCAGCCAUGGUUGAUGUUUACAUGCUGUGUUAAGCUUCAGCUCCUAGAAAAACACUUAAGUGUUAUUACAGUUCUUGACUGAUAGCAACUCUUAUUAAUGGUUGUAUGGUGACGAAUAAACUGAUUGUGAUAACAGCUGAAAGUACAGCCUUUUUUUGCUGAAGUUGACUUUAUGAUUGGGAAUAGCAGAAGGCACAAAUAAAGAUGUCAUUUGACAUGGCCCACAAGAAUAAGGCUUGCUGUUUGUUUUCAACUAAUUGCAUGAUCCAGAGGAAUUUCCUUAACCAUGUGUACAAGCUUUUAGAUACUCUAAAGUUUGGAAGACAUAUGUAUAUACUGUUACAAGAUGAUGCCGUACAUCUGGUAUCCGCUUUACUACCGGUAAAACAAAUUCAGUCUUGAGCAAUUUCUAGUCCACAGAGACACAGCUAUCAAAUGUGUUUUGCAUCAAUUUUCUGAGAAUCACAAAGCAACAAUUCACAAAAAUAGAGAGCAUUUGUUGUUUUUUUUCCUGUCCUGGAUCUUUGAUAGAAAUGUUUCAAUUAAAUCUACCCUCAUCCCGCUCUUUUCCCCAUACCCCAACAGAUCUUUUUCAAUCAAUAACCCAAUUCCCUUAUUGAAUCAACUUCCACUGGCAUUGGGAAUUCCAGUGGAACAACUAUCUGAUGUAGAAAUAAUGUUGUCACUCCUUCACUGCCACUUCAUCAAUACCCAGAAACGCACUUCCUAAAAACGUUGACAACACAUUCGCCAUGCAAACUGCAGCAGUUCAAAAUGGUGCUGCCAUAACGUUCAUAAUCGUGGCAGUUUUUCAAUAGGCAUGCUUCACCUUUCAUAUGCUGGCUGUAUCUGACCAUCUAAAGAUCUCCAAACAGAGACAUGCAGUACAUUGCUUGUUGAAUUGAGGGAGCUGUGGAAAAUCAUUGUCAGGGAAUCUUCAAUGUUCUCACACUCUUCCUUUACUCCCCGGAGGGAAGCCAUCUGAUCCUAAGAUGAAGGGCUAAGAUGUGAUUGUAGAUUGUAGCAGUACUAAUGCUACAGAGAGGUACAGCACAGAAACAAGUUCUUCAGCCCAUCAAGUCCAUGCCAACCAUUCACCAUCCAUUUACCCUAAACCUACAUCAAUCCCAUUUUCCGUACCAUCCUCAACAGCUUUCCCCAGAUUUUGUCACUCACCUACACACUAGGGACAUUUUUUAGUGGCCAAUUAACUUACCAAUGUGCACAUCUUUGAGAUGUGGGAGGAAAUUAGAGCCCAAAUUGGCAUAAGGAGAACAUUUAAACUCCACACAGCCAACAACCAAGGUCAGAAUUGAAGCCAGAUCUCUGUCACUUCACUGUGAGGCAGCAGCACUAUCAGCUGCACGUAAACACCAGGAUCCAUACAUUUGUUUAUUAACUAAUGUCCCACAGACAAGCAAAUCAGCCAACAGACUGGUGAAAUGUUAAACCUUUUUUUUUAAACACGUGUGCAACCAGUUAGAAAACCCUAGUCUCUAAUCUGAACACAGUGAGGUACAUGUAUGUUUCUACUCCUGAAACUACAUGAGGAAUCAGUGGACUUUGCUCGGGACUGGCGCUUGAAGUGACAAAUUCUGAACGAUGUAUUUACCUACUACCAGGGUCAAACUCCGUGGCUAAAUGUUAAAAAGUAAUGAAUUUGGCCAAAGCUGGAAUGAUUUGAAAAGGGCUACAGAGCGACGUUCCACAACUCCUUGUCGAAAACAAAAGAGCUUGACGCAAAAAUAAUGGAGGAACACAUGCUGGAAGUUACAGAGUUACAGAAUGGGACAUCUGCUGCGUAGUGGUCAUUUGUGUACCGUACUCGCUGAAAUCUGUGGCUGAGCCACCUUCUUCCUUGUACAUCAGGCGGGAUGUGAAAAAGCACCAAAAUAUCCAUGUGCAUUUUGACUGUGAGACUCGAAGGUCUGUUUUACGGAACCAGAUCUUUUGCACAGGAAUGGUCUGCUGAGCAGUUUCUUUUGAUAAACAUAUAUAUUUUUGGUAGACCUUUAACUAGAAGGUCACAGUCACUGUGGAUUUAUUUUUUCUCUUUCUACUGAAAAAAGGAAGAGAUAACUACACUGCCAAGUAUGAAAAUGAUUCCUUUUAACAGAUGUGCUUUUGAGAACUGACCAGAACUGCUGGCAGUUUCAUCUUUUAUUAUGGUGAUAUUUCAAUGACUUAGUAUAGUUCAUUUAAAUAAGUAAUUGGUAUCAUCUCAUUUCUUUGAAUCAAAACUUGUUUUGUUACUUUUCCUGCAUUUGUGAAUGAUUUUUUUUAUUAUGAAGGGAGGGUGUUACUUCCCAUUCACCCAGAGGAUCCAUGAUCCAUUUCUCAGACAACUGCAUUUAGAUUUUUAAAACUUAUUUUUUCUAACUUUACAUGCAAAGAGCUUGUAAAGUUAGAGCUCUGUCAACCACACACAAACUAGACCAGUGCAACAAAUGGCUAAAUCCCUAUGUUUAGGCUUUAAGAUGCUUUAAUUAUGCUUCUCAUGCCGAUCUAGUGUUGGAAGCCAUCAGUUUAAGUGAAGUGCAAUUGGUCUGCAGAGCAAUAAUUUCAAUUUUUACGACCUAUUAAAAUCAUACUUUGAAACCAAAUGCAUGCUUGACAACAUUGUUACUUUUAAACAAUUGAGAUCCAUAUGACACCGGCCUUUUUAAUAUGGCCACAUGAAUCAUCCAUUCAUUCCUAUCCAAGCAAUCCUUUUAGUUUUUGUAAGCCAUAGUGUUAUUGAGGAUAAUGAGAUUCCAUUUUGCUGUAAUUCUUGAUGCAGAGCGGAAGGAGGCCAUUCAACUGAUAAUGCACGUGCCAGCUCAUUAGCAGAGCUAAUCAGUCUAGCUUCUAUCAAACCAAUGCCUUCGCAACUGGUGCUAUUGUCUGAACAUACUUUUCCACUGCUUUGGUUCCAGCCAAUUGCUUGGUUAAAUUUAAACUUGGUUAAAUAAACUUACUGCACAUGCACAGGAGGGGAUAAAAAAAAACUUUGGAAGAGUUGUAAAAAUUACUUUUAAGUUUUUCUAAUGAAUGAAUCUUAGCAAAAAAUAUGUUCUGACUUCUGAAAAUGUAACUUUAUUUUGAUCCACAACAUUUUCUAAUCCUUGCAUUCUGUAAAAAGUUUGCAAUCUUGUCACUUUUUUUUGUCAGCUUCUGUUUUACUCCAAGUAUCUUUGCUACAGGAGUUAUUUGCUACAGUCAUUACAAAGCUACAGAAGCGAUAUGUACUAUUGUAUUCAUUUUUAAUGGUCAGUUUUAAUGCAACAUUCAAUUUUGCAUUCAUAUUGCAUAAGUUAUUUUGAUGCUUUUGAAUCAACUUGUUGAAGUGUAUGCAUUAGCAAUCACAAAAAUCCAUUUACAAACUUUUUAUAUCAGGAUUUGUUUUUGUAGCAUAAGAUGUAUGAUACUAUAAAAAAAAUACUUGUAAAUUAACUUGUAUUAUAUUUUUUUGAGUUUAUUACAUUGAAGGAGAUCAGUAAAUAUGACUCCAAUUUCCAGUUUUUUUUUUGUUGAAGCGCUAGACAUCUGUUUACUGACAGGGUCUAUUUGCAGGCUGUUCACACGUACUAAUUGCAUGCAGAAACUUUGAUUGUAUAAACAUCUACUUUUUAAGAAAUAUAUUUUUCAAAAAAAAAUCAAAUGGAUAUUGUACUUUACCUGUGCAUUUUUAGUGCAGUUAACUUUCCCACUGUAUGUGGGAUUCUGCUCUGAAAACAUCAUUUAUUUUACCCGGUGAAAUUGUAAAGGGUUUGAAUAAUAUGUGGUUUCUGACAACAUUUGGCUUAUCAUUUUUGUCUGUUAUAUCUGCUGUACAGAACAUAAAACUUUUAAAA